GCUCCAAGCAAGCUUCAGCGUCUUUGCCGAUCCGCCCAAGUCCACCCCUUUAGAAGUCCCGUCACAGAGUGCUUUGUUUGUGACCAUUCAAUCCAGCACAGUACUUAGAAUUCUCAGCCCGAAAUGCGACCGCAGGCAGGCAGGCAGCUUGGCAGAGACUCACACAAGCCCUUUGUCAGACCGAACCCAUCACACACAAACCUCCUCGAGUGCAGUGCAGUUGCCCUAAUGCUGUACUCCACUCCCGACACCAACACAGGGCCCCCAGCGCAGUAGGCACGACAGUCCCCCCUGUCUCUCUCAAGAUUCCCAACGCAGCCACGGUGGCUGUACGUAUGGUGUAGUGUGUACGCAGGCAAGCCCAAAGCAGAAAACACGCCAGGCCACAUCACUCACGCAGUCAGCCAAAAGACCCCCCAGCCGCCUGCCUGCCUGUCAGUCUGUCUGUCUGUCUGUCUAGCCCGCAUGGCCCGGCCGUGGGCGGAUGACGUGGUAGACCUCAAUUUCCGCCAGCUUACACUCGAUGUUGCUGGCGAGUGAGCCCACCUGUGCGUCGGCCGUGUCGGAGAAGACCCCCAGCCCCUUGUAGCCGUCCGGCAGGUGCUCCAGCCUCACCCAGCACUGGCAACUCGACAUGUCGAUGGCCGGACCGGGGGUCGCCCACCCCAGCCACCUAGAGACAGGAGACAGGAGACAAAGUCAGUAAAUGAGUGAGUUGCAGCUGAGCUGGGCGUGUUGAAUAUAUAAGAGCGUCUGUCUGUCGCACAGGUUGCCCCUGGCGAUGCUGAGGUUGCCGCUGUAGUCCAUGUCAAUGGCCUUGACCGAGGGCGAGCCCGACCGCGGCAGCUCGCUCCCCGGGGCAGAGACGCUGAUGUCCUGGAUCUCCUGGGGGAUGUCGACCUUGGUGGGCUCGUCGUAUGCGCCGCUGAGGGAGAACAAGAAGAGGGGCACCGGGUAUCGGUAGGGCAUCAGGUCAUCCUCCUUCUGCAAUUCCCGUGCUGCCAAUGCUGGCAUUUCUGUGUUGUUGUUGUUGUUGGUGUCGGCUUGUGGCUGCUCUUCUGUGUCGUCUUCUUGGUUGGCUUCUUCUUGCUUGGCUUCUUCUUGGUUGGCUUCUUCCUGGUUGGCUUCUCCCUGGUUGGCUUCUCCCUGGUUGGCUUCUUCUUGUGGUUGUGGUUGUGGUUGUGGUUGUGGAGGCACCAGGGGUCCGUCGAUGAAGCAACCGAACCGGUGUGUGCCGCCCUCCUCCAUCAGCACCAGCACCAGCCCGUAUCGCUCCGGCCCCACACACCCCAGCAUCGUGCCGUAACCGAAACCGUCCCUUGUCGCUCUGCAGACCACACAGACAUAGAGAGGGAGACACCAUCCAUCCAUCCAUUCAUGUGUCUCUAAACCCUUCCUCACUUGAAGACGAGUGUAGCUUUGACCGUAUUGUCUUUGCCGGCCAUCUCGAUGAUGUCCUGCAGUUCGUCCUCCCACAUCAGCGGGCCGUAGGCGCUGCCGAGCGUCAACCCUUGUAUCUUGGCGUGGUUCGGGAGCUGCCCCGCCGUUUUGGGCGGCUUGACGGCCGUGCCGGGGGCUGCCAGACGCUGCCGACGGCAGAAGUCCACCAACUUGAGCAGAUCGGCGGAUGACAUCUUGCCAAUCUUCGACUCGUUGCUGCAGUAACACAGCAACGAUCUCUGUAUCUCUCCUCUCUCCCUCUGUGAGUGAGUGUGCGUAGAGAGGAAGACUACUUGUGGAAGGCAGUGUAGAGGUGUUUGUCCCGUCCGAUGAGCCUCAGGGUGGCCUCGGUGGUCGACACGGUCUUGGUCAGGAUGCGCACCGACUUGACUGAGUUCUCGUCCGCACUCCAGGUCUUAAGGAAGGGGGAGAUAGUCCUGUUCAGUGUCAGUCAGAGUUCGAACGAACAAGACCCACCAUUCUACAGCACGUUCGGUGUGAGGUGGGUGCCUCUUGGAGUGAGUGACCUGUAGAAUUUCUUGAGGCCGUGCUCCACCUCCAGCAGGGCCUCCAACCUGAACCAAUGAGCCAACAAAGGCGUUGAGUGGAUAUACCGGUUGCUUAGUGAGUCAGAGAGUCAAGAGUCUUACGCGUCCAUGGCGCGCGCUUGGUGGGUCUUCAUCUCGAUCACCGGGCUGCUCUUGCCCCCGCCAGGUCCACCCUUUGUGUCAACAUGUCGCUCUUUGGCCGCCGUCGCUGCGUUGUGUAGCUCUUCCUCUGCCUCCUCGUAUUCCCGGAGGAGCUUGGCAAUGUUGGUCUUGUUGGUGAACAGCAGCUCGUGGUAGAACAGGGAUGACGUGUCCCUGUCGUGGGGGGCCACCAGCUCGAUCUUGUGCUUCUCGCCACGGAGCUCGGCGGCCCCCGCCGUCGCCAACUCGUCAAACAGCCUGCAAAUACAGACAGAGUCAUCAACACACAUACCGUACAGUGUCUGAGGGGCAGGCAGUCAGUCAGUCGCCCUUCCUUUCCUUACACACCAGUCCAUAUACACGGGGUCUGCGUCGAGGAAGGGCCGUCCCUUACUGUCUUUGGGCAGGCUGUCGAGGUAGUACAGCAGGAUGUGGGCGAUGAACGAGUCCCUCACGGGCGGCGACUGCAGGAGGAGGGGCCUCUUGGGCGCGGCCAGCACUCGGCCCCCCACGUUGAGUUCAAUCUCCUCCUCCGACUCCCGGCCGGUCUCGCCCCUGCGCACCUUCAACAAGUCAUCCACGAUUUGCUGAAGGAAUGAAACAAGCGCACAUACAGAGUCCGACCCACCCACCCACACUGGGAGGGAGGGGAGGCGUGGCUGCCAUGCCUGCGAACGUGCCUUGCCUGGUGUUUCUCGAGGAGUUCUGCCAUGUGUUUGGUGGCCUGGACGCCCCGCUUGAGGGAUGUGGUGAGGUGGGGGGGCAGCGACGUCGCCGACGCACCACCCGACUUGGGACUGUGGGGAUCCGCCUUGUACAUCUUCUGCGGUCAAUGGGGAGCGUGGUGGACCAGCGAUGGCCGAGGGAAAGGUGGACGCCCGUGUGAGGCGGGGGGGAAGGGAAGCCCCAAAUGAAGAGUUUCAAGCGCGACUUAGG